GAAGGCAUCUGGCAGCGGGCAGAAGCAGGAAGCGGAGACCGAGCAGCAGACGCUUCGAGCGGAGUCACUCCGGCGGGAGAGUCGGUCCUGAAGGCGAAUAAAGCUGGUCCGGGGAGCGGGACGGGGUCCGCCUGGACGGUCAACAUGUCCCCCCUCUUUCUGCUCGUCCUCUUGGGGACAGCUGUGGCGGUAAACUGCGAGACUCAUAAGCUGACCUACAUCUACACGGCUCUGUCCAAACCGGUGGACCUGCCGGGCAUCCACGAGUUCACGGCCAUGGGUCUCCUGAACGACAGGAUGAUCGACUACUUUGACAGCAGCAACCAGGAGAAGGUCCCCAAGCAGGACUGGAUGAAGGACAGGCUUCCGAAAGACUACUGGGAGAAGGGGACGCAGUCCCGGAAGAGCAAGCAGCAGUGGUUCAAGGUCAACAUCGACAUCCUGAUGAAGAGAAUGAACCAGAGCCAGGACGACGUCCACGUCCUGCAGUGGUUACACGGCUGCGAAGGCGAGCCGCAGGACGACGGCUCGCUGAAGUUCGUCCGCGGCGUGGACAUGUACAACUACGACGGGGACGACUUCCUGUCCUUCGACGACAAGAAUCAGGUGUGGGUGGCCCACAUCCCAGCGGCCGAGCACACCAAGAGGAAGUGGGACAGCAUGCCGGUGCUGAAGCAGUACACCAAGGGCUACCUGGAGAAGGAGUGCAUGGACUGGCUGUCCAAGUUCGUCACAUACUCACAGAAGCAGCUGAGAGACGCCAAACCUCCCGAUGUGUUCGUGUACGCCACCCCAUCCAAGAAGUCGGACAGCGAGGUUCUGAGGUGCAUGGCCACCGGGUUCUAUCCCAAAGAUAUCGCCCUGCAGAUCAAGUGGAACGGACACAUCCUGGAAAAAGAAGACGGCUUGGAGACCACCGGCGUCCGUCCCAACGAAGACGACACCUUCCAGAGGAGGGACUGGGUGGAGAUUCUAAAGUCCGACCCGUCUGAUUACACCUGUCAAGUCUUCCAUGAAGCAUCGGGUUUCUACAUCGAGAAGCCUUGGGAUCGCACGAUUGACGAUUCGAAUGGACCAUCUUAUGGUCCCCCCAUCGGGAUGAUUGUCGUGGCCGUGGUCGUAGUUGUGCUCCUUGUUCUGGGGAUUCUGUACAUGGCAGGAUGUCUAACAUGUCCAGACCGAUGCCGAUGCACAGGAAGAGAAGGAACCGACUCAGGUACCGAUGGAGCCACUGUGUCUGACCAUCUAAUGAGUGAUUCUCAAGGUUCUGUGGGAACUGGAUCAGGACUCUGGUGUCACCUCCGAUCAGUCGAGCCACGACGGUCGAGACUCUGACAACCACUCAGGGAGGUCCGUGUGACGAGAUGCCGGCCUGCGGGGAACACGGACAGAACCGAAGAACCUCCAGAAGAAACCCUGACCCUGCAGCUCGUUCAUGUUUUGGAGCCAAAAUGAACCUGAAGACAUUUAAAAAGUGAAAUACAGAAAUACGAUUGAAAAUAAAUCCUCCAGUGAUUCAGCCGCUCAGCCGAGCCUCGUCAGAAUCCAGAACAGCAGAACCACCUCUGGCCUUUCAGUCUUCCUCCACCUGUAAGUCAGAUCAGUAAGACGGCGGUCUGCUGGACAGAAAACCCGGAGUGGAUCACAGCGUCCUUCGCCUCCUAAACGGACUGAACUCCGCCUCCCGUUCCACUCUGGAACUCUUCAAUGUUCAGUCGUUAUUGAAUGAAGCUGGAAUCAUGAACGACUCCACAGGAAAUAAUGUAAACAUUCUCUGUCUUACUGAGACCAGACAACAGCCGGAUGUUUUCUCCAUCCUCGAUGAGGUCUGCCCCCACACAGCUAUCUCUCUUCUACCCCACAGUGCAGCAUCCACCUGCCCCCCCCCCCCCCCCCCCCCCCCCCCCCCCCCACCAAACAGCCGUCAUCAAGCCCCUCCUCAAAAAAAUCCACUCUGGAUCCUGAACCUCUGUCCCACUACAGACCCAUCUCCACCCUCCUUCGUCUCCAAAACCCUUGAAAGAACUGUCUCCAUCCAGCUCCACAACCAUGUUAAAUCAAUCAAUCUGUAGAGAAAUUCCAGUCCGGUUUCCGCCCUUCCUACAGCACAGACAGCUCUCAUCAGAGUCACACAUGACCUACUGAUGACCUGUGACCCCGGCUCCACCUCCCUCCUCGUCCUUCUCCCCCUGUUGAUCACCACCUCCUCCUUCACCGCCUCCAACACAUCAGUAUCUCUGGCUCCGCCCUCCAGUGGUUUCACUCAUACCUCACAGGAAGGACUGAGUUCGUAGCCCUGGGGGACGCUAAGUCCCGCCCCCACACUGUCCCCUGUGGUGUCCCCCAGGGCUCUGUCCUCAGUCCAACCCUCUUCAUCAUCUACAUGCUCCCCCUACCAGGCAGGGAAUACAACUCCACCGCUAUGCUGACGACAUCAGAGUCCUCAUCAGGGUCCCGGGCCGGAGCCUCCAAAGACCAGCGCUGCCCGGGUCCUGAUGAGGGACCACAUCACCCCCAUCCUUCACACCCUCCACUGGCUUCCUGUUCACCUCCGCUUUCAGUUCAGAAUCCUUCUCCACCCACCACUGUCUGCACGGUGCAGCCCCCCCCCCCCCCCACCUCACUGACCUCCUCCACCCAGAACCCGGUCAGGCCAGCUGCACCGUCAGCCCCGCCCAGGACCCGGCUCAGGACCCACUCAGGACCGGGCCCAGGACCCGGCUCAGGACCCACUCAGGACCUGGCCCAGGUCCAAGGCUGAAAACCUUUUCACUACGUUCUGCCUUUCCUGAUUGAUUUUGCUGCUGAUUGCGUUUACUGUUUAUACUGUCUUACUGUUUUCUAAUUGUUUGUCAUUAUUUUUAUUGUCUUCUUGAUUGUGCAAUUUGAGAUUUGCCUACAAAUGUGAAAUGCGUUAUAAAUAAAAUCCAUGAUUACUGUUAUAAACUUUGUCGACAGCAGAAUGUAAAUGUUUUUAUCACUUGUUCGAGUUUUCUUUCUGCCAGCUGGUCUCUGGUUUAGCAUGUCCCUGAUGGGAACGCACAGCGUUUUCAUCUCUUUUCCACCGUCGGGGACCUAGAGAACCUUCCACUGGAGAGCUAGCUAGCCGAGUCAGCUGUUAGCUUAGCCACUGUGAUCUUUGACUGCUUGAAUGUGUUAAAAGAUGAAUUUUCUCAUAUUUCAUUGAAAUCACUUGUGAAGAUGAUCUGUUUUCCCUGAGAAAACCACUUUAUAUGAACUUUUCUGAUUGAAUUGAGCAUCGUGCAUUUGUGGGAUGAGCAGUGCUUGAUUUUUUCAUAAUU